UUUGCUGUACACAUUUCGCCCCUCAUGGACAAAGUUCAGGCAUUCGGCAAGAACUUCUCUGCCUCUUUCACGCCUUUCGCGGCAAGGACCCAGCAAUAUGUCAAGGAACAGCUUGGCCAGGCGGAGGACAAGACACAACUUCCCCCGGACUACAUUGAGCUCGAGAAGCGGGUCGAUGCCUUGAAGAAGGUUCACAAUACUAUGCUCCAGGUGACCUCCCAGUACUCGAACGAAGCAUACGACUACCCAACCAACAUCCGCGAAUCCUUCAACGACCUCGGCAGGACCGUCUCAGAGAAGGUCAACCUCCUCUCUUCCGCAACAUCGCCCGCCGAAGCUCAGGCCGCACUUACUGCUCCCCCCUCCGCGAAGCCGCAGCCCAAGACCUUCAGCCAUGCUAUCGCCCGCGCUUCGCUGAACAGCUCCCACGUUCUUUCCGGCGAGCACGCCGGCGCUGGAGAGGACCCGCUCGCUACUGCUUUGGAGAAGUUCGCCAUCGCCAGCGAGAAGGUCGGAGAGGCUAGGUUGGCACAGGACCAGCAGAUCCAGAGCAGAUUCCUUGCGGGAUGGAGCACCACGCUCAACACCAACAUCAUGUUUGCGACACGCGCCCGCAAGGCAGUGGAGAACUCGCGAUUGGGCCUUGAUGCCACCAAGACCGCCGCCAAGAACCCUGGCUUCCACCUCCCUGGCCAGCCCGCCAGCCAUACGAACGAGGAGGAUCUCAGCGAGGAGGCCAGGGCCAAGAUCGAGCAGGCCGAGGAUGAGUUUGUUGGCCAGACUGAGGAGGCCGUUGGUGUUAUGAAGAAUGUUCUCGAUACCCCCGAACCCCUCCGCAACCUUGCGGAUCUUAUUGCCGCACAGCUUGAGUACCACAAGAAGGCGUACGAGAUCCUCUCCGAGCUCGCACCCGUGGUCGACCAACUUCAAGUGGAGCAAGAGGUGCGUCGCCAAGAGUCCUCCGAUUUCUGAUCUUGUAUUCGUCUUUUGUCUUUCGUUGUCUUGCGCUGCUUAAUGCCGACCGUUCGAUCUGAUGCUUUGCUUAGCAAAAAUAUCUUCACCCAAGCUGAUCUUUUCAACCCUAAUAGGCCAGCUACCGCAAGUCUCGCGAGGGAGCUUAGACGACAGAAGGUCUCUGUUGAAAGGGGGUGGAGGAUUCACUUUUCGAUGAGUUUUUAAGUGCA